GUAAAACCUUAAUUCAUUUGGUAAUAUGCUAUACUAUAGUAUUAGUAUAUCGAAUCUCAAUUAAUUUAUUCGGUCACCGAUUGUGAAGAAAGAGGAUUUAACGAAUAAUAAUUAGAAAAUUGAAUAGUGAACAACAUAUAGAUAUCGAAAAAUAUUACCAUUGGACAUGAACCUUACGAACAUAACAGUUUCCAGGAACAAUAAAACCAUGAUUGAAUUUAUAUGAAAAAUUUAAAUACACAAGUUUGAAAUUCAAUUAGAAAAAUGUAAUGUACCGUCUGUAUCAAAAAUCAGAUUGAAUUUAUACGAAACGUUUAAAUAUCUCAGUUCGCAGCUCGAUUAAAAUUAGGAAAAUUACAUUAGAAACUAAAUACAGUCUUCGAGAACCGAAGCAAUCGAUGACUUUAAACGCUAAAAAUAAAAUUUUUUGGGGAGUGGUAAAAACAAAUGAGAAUAAGGGGAAGGGCAAAAACAGAUGAAGCACAUUAAUGUAAUAGCGGAAAAGAAAUUCACGGAUCGAAAGAAGAGAGAAAGAUUCAUUCGGUGGACUGAAGGGAAAUGAAUUGAUCCAAUGGCAACAGGCCGAAAUAAGCGCCAUCUGACCCCAUACACUUGACCCAUAGAACCACCGUGGUCCGCAGCAUUAGUUCCAUUCAAACCGUGGUGAUGUAUCCUUCUGUCGAUCAUCGAUCUCGCAAUCAAAAUCUUUGUGUGGACUCGGCCCUCGUUUAACGAACUCGAUCGACUUUAUUUCCUGUAUUUUCCCAGUAAACGAACAUUGCAUAACCGUUCGAUAGCGAUUUAAUUAAAACACAGUGAACACAGUACUUAACGCGAAAAUAUGUUGACCGACUUCAAGAGGAAUCCGCAAGAAACUGGAAAGAAUGAAGUCACACAAAUAAGCAAGAAACAAUUGUCAUCAAUGCCAGGCGUCGGGAAGGCCCUGUACAAGCAGCACAUGGACAGCUGCUUGAAACUGUUAAAAUUCGUAGCCGAUACCGACUUGCCCUUGACACAGGUGAACGGCCAGAGGAGGUUGGGACCACCCCCAAAGUGGAAAGGGCCACCCCCGAGUCCGAAAUGCGAGGUGUUCGUCGGCAGCAUUCCUCAUGAUUAUUACGAGCCCGAGAUCGUGCAAAUAUUCGGCUUAAUCGGGCAGAUCUAUGAAUUGCGCCUGAUGAUGAACUUCUCCGGCGAGAAUAGAGGAUAUUGCUUUAUCAUGUACGCCACCGAAGAAGAGGCAGCGCGGGCUGUAAGGGAACUCGAUCAGUUUGAGAUUUAUCCUGGAAAGAAGAUCGGCGUUGUGGCUAGCGUUAAUAAUCGUCGGCUUUAUAUUGUUCAGCUGCCGUCGUACUUGAGUACCGAAGCUAUUGUCAAGCGCUUCUACGAAAUGACCGAUGACAUCGAAAAUGUUGCCGUUUACCGUAACACAAACGGUAUGGUGAACUAUGUAUUGGUUUCGUAUAAUACUCAUCGAGGCGCCGCCAUGGGAAGAAGAAGAUUGGUGCCCGAAUCUUUGACACUUUUUCCAAAUCAUGAAGUAAUCAUCGAAUGGGCGAAACCAAAUAUGUCUCCGUCGAACGUGUAUGAAGAACGCGGUAUCUGCGACAGGGCCGGCAACGUCAAAAUAAAGAAGGCCUUUCUGAAAUCGAAAAGGUCGCUAACCCGCCCGAAGCCGAAGCUCAUGGAUAAAGGAUCGACGCCGAAUAAUACCGUAAAAUCAGCCCCGAAAAUCGCGUCGAAGGCCCUGGAUUGUUCACUGAACCCUUGCACACUGGAAAAAUGCCAAUCGGACUACCGGACUUGGCAAAAUAGCUUCCUAAUGGAUCACCGAAACGGAACGAAGCAAAAUGUUGUCCAGCUGUUGGACGAGAACGGGAACUUGGGCAUCACCUUGGACCAGUAUUUGCUCUACGAGAACUUGAAAAAGAACGGUGCUCAGAAUCAGCCGAUCAUAAUCUUCCCGUCGAUCAGCUCAUUUCUCAGAAAACGAAGAAAUCCUACGAAGUCCCAGAAGUACGCCGACGAAGCUUCCGCUCGCCGUCAAAUCGUUGCCGCCAAUCCACCGGGUGCGAGUUUCGUGAACAAUUACGCUACCAGCUGCCAGUGUCUAUCGCACGACAAUAAGUUAAUACCGGAAGCCAGAAAUCCGAAUUGGAACUCGGCGGGCAAUUUAAUGUCGAAGGUCUCGAGAGUUCUGCUCAUGCCGAACGGAAACCAGCGGCAGAUUAUGCUAGCCAACAACGUCGGCAGCGUGGCCAACGUCCCUGCCAGUCACGCUCUGGUCCAGUCUAAUCAAUAUUCGUUCGCGAAUCAGGUUCAACCACCAGUUCAAUAUUACCAGAAUUACACUGUCGACGGCUUGGAGCAGAACGGCCCGAUGACUUCCGAUUAUCUGAUCAGCGAAAUUCCUGGUCAGUGCAACGCUUACGAUGCCAGACCGGCUGUCUAUCAGCAGGAACCGAGUCGCGAUCCUUUUUCCCAGCAGUUUGCCAACGUGACGGGCUCGGACGUAAAUUGGAGUUAUCCGUAUUCUACGUCUGAUCGGGAAUGCGAGAAUCGUAGCAGCUUUCCGGAGCUGUACAACGGGAUCUAUUAUCAAACGAACGAGCCGCAGAACGCGCGCGAAGUCGCGUACUGUGAUAACGAGAUUAGUUGCGGCCCUAUCUUCAGCUCCAUGCAGAAUUUCGAUGACACGUAUACUUAUAAGGCUCCUGGGAAAUCGACGAUGUUUGGGAACGACGGGAUUCUUGGGGGCAACGGGCAAUCGAACGGGGAAUAUCAGGUUGAGGAAAAGUGCGGCAUGAGACCGAUCUUGAAGACCAGUAACCUCGAUGUCAAGGUUAAUUACUGAGUUUUCUCCGAAUUUUUGUUUCAUAGACUAUUCUCGAAGUAGUCCAAGUAAAUUGUGCCUUACGGAUUUUAUGCAUUUCUGACCAGACUACAGACUUCAUUUCUGACAGUAUGGUUUUUCAUUUUUAUUGGUUGUUUCAUGAAAAUCGGAAAAAUCGGUUUCUUGACUGAAUUUCUUGGGCAUCAUUCGAGUAAUAUUACGAUGAAAAGUCUAAUUCGAAUAACGUUUGGAUAUGAAAUUUUAUUCCAAUAACAAAGUUUCGAGGAAAUUCGUCGAUUCAAAUUUCGUUCAAGAAAUAUUUCGAAUACAUUUUUCGAUUCAAAUCUUAUUCGAGAAAUAUUUUGAAGAAAUUCUUCGAAUAAAAUAUUAUUCGAGGAGCAUUUCGAAUAAAAUAUCAUUCGAGGAACAUUUCGAAGAAAUUCUUCGUUUAAAAUGUUGUUCGACUGAUGCUCAACUUGGAAAUACAGCGCUAUUUAUUCGUUGCUGAUACAAGUGUAUCGUCUUGUCUUGGAUGUGUGCAAAAGUUUUUAUUCGGUUUGCGAAGGAAGUACUAUGUAAAUUGAUUUUCGAAGUAUUUUCCAUCGUUUUGAGAAACUUUCUUACCACCGACUUGCAUAAUAUUUUACUCUCGAGUGUUGUAAAUGCAUAAAAAUCCGCAUUCUAUUUAUUGCGAUAGCGAGUAGAUGACGAGUAAAUAGAAAUAAGAAAUGUUUAAAAAAAACACUAUUUUCAAUCGAUCGAAAUUAUUCGGCGAGAAAUGAGAUAUCUAGUUAUCUCUGUGGCUUCGUUGGGUGCCAUUGCGUAAGAAAAGAAAUAGAUUGCUCGUUGCUCGCGAUAAGUUGAAAAUUGAUGCAAAAUGUUCCAUGGAAAUGUUUCGACCUCGGUGGCGAGGUUUUAUCGUUUGUAAACAAACCGAUAGGAGAACGAGAAAGGAUUUCUGAUCGAGAAAUUAUGAGGCGACUAUUGCGAUGAUCGAAUUGUCGAUGAUUUUGCUAAUCAGUAUUUGAACGAUGGCAGCAAUUAGCAGUAGGUAUUUUGUUUUUUUGCAAUCAGUGUACGGAUGAGUCUAAUUUUUAAGGAUUUAUAUCGAGCACGAGGAAUAUUUUCACGUGGUUUAUACAUAUACAGGCUAAUGUUCUCGAUUGAUUUAGAGGUAUAAUUACGCAGUUAAAGAGUGCGAAGAUGGUUUGUUUUACACCAAAGAUUAGUGGCGUUUAUUAGUGUCCUAUUAAUAAUUAAGCAAUCGUUAUUUCCUAUCAUUAUAAUCUUCGGGAUAUAUAUUUAUAAUCUAUAUACUAAAUAAUUGAUGUUUGUACAAGUUUAUUUUCGAACCGCGCGCCAUUAUCGCUCGUAGUGUCAUUUUUGAUCUAGUGGAUUGUUCGUAGCUUCUCCAUUUUCAUUUGUCACUAACAGAAUCAAAAACUUGUAUGCCAUUUUUUUUUCAUACGCUGCUUAUCGACGUACUUUGUGCUGUCCCCGAUCAAAUGAUUUGUGCAAGCUGAAGAAUUGUUGCUCUACACAAUGUUUUACAAAGACUCGUCAAUUUUUAUCAUUAUUGAGAAAUUUCUUUCAUCUACAUAAACGAAUCUGUCUUUUUUUAUUUCGAGGAACAUACGAUAGCUCGAUACAUUGAAAUAAAUACUGGUUAUGCUUAUUCAAGCAAUGUACAAUGUGUGUUAAUUUUCAUCAAAUAAAUACGGUGUAACGUAGUCAACGGAGUUGCAAUCGUUAAUUAACCGUAAUAAAUAGAAUAAUUACAGGAUAGUGGAAAAAAAAGUCGGAAACGGAAAAUAUUUUUGUAAUAAAAUACAAUUUUAUAUUUCUUACAAUAUACAUAGUCAUUAAUCUCAAGUCAAUAUAUAUGUACAUGGAAAUGUUACUAAUGAAUGCCAUUAACCCUUUAAGCAUUUUUACACGAUAUUUUUACUCUGUUACUAUUGUCUAUUUUCUGGCUGAAUGUACACGUCCUUGCACUUGGACGCAUCUUGGACAAUUGUCGUUCUUGUUUCGGAAAUACUGAAAAAUUCCAAUUCAAACAUUGUAUUGAUAAAUCAUGAUUACAGUAGAGUAGAAAAGAAAUGAUUUUACUUCGCUCCGACUGGUCUUCUGACGCAACAGAGUGGCACAUUGGGCGCAUUUCAGAAACUUUUGGUCGCUCGGAUCGUGUCUAUACAAUACCUGCAACAGACAGUCAAAACUGAUCGCAUUAUGAAUGAUCAAACUACGAACAUUUAUGCGAAUAUUCAGCUCCCGAAAUUUCAGGACCACUCUAGCCACUUAAUUUCUGAUACAAUAUUAUUUCUGUAUUAUUUCUGAUACAUAUUGUAAAUUAUUCGAAAUUUGAUUUAAUUUUAUUAAGAACAUUUGACGUACUUUUACUGCAUAUUUUGGAGCACAAUAGUCACAGUACAACCUGCCUCGCUUGUCCCUGUAAACGCUGUAGUAGUAGAAAGAUGGUGACACUGAAAAAUACUGUUGAAAUGCGAAAUAUUAGUCAGAGUUUUAUGGAAAAUAAAGAUUGCCCUAUUUAUUGCGAGGAACGUGAGUUACAUUGCAAUGACUUUCCUCCUUUAUUAAUUUUAAUAAGUUGCACAUAAUAUAAAAAUCUGCGGUCUCUUUGUUACUAGAAUAUAGCAACUAUUUGAAUGAAAUUUAAAACAGCAGGAAAUUUAAAAGACUUUGAAAAUAUCAAUUUUUAACUCAUUGAAAUCGUUACAGGUAUAAAUACACAUUUAUAUAGUUAUUGUGAAUGUUUGAACAUUUUUAUUUUGAUGACUACCAGUCUAAUUAUUAUUGUCUUAAACUACCUGAUAGUUAAUUGAUUAAGUAAAUUAUUUGCACUGUUCAAAUGUUAAUUAAGUACUUAAUUACGAUAUUUACCUGUACUCUUUUACAAGCUGGACAAGUGGGCAUUUCUCCCAGAACACCUCGCUUGUCUACUAGAAAUUUCUGCAAUGCAUGUCGUAUAGUUUUACAAAAUUUCGUUUAAACAUUUUUUGGUUUCAGACGUUUUAGAACUUUUGUAUAUUCAAUUACCUCAGGUUCUGGUUUACACGGAACUGCUGGACCGGUUUCGGACAUAGUUUCGGAACACCAGGUAUGAACAUCUGCCGCAGGUUGCCUGAAUGUUCAUGUUUCGAUUAAAUACAAAAGAAAUAAUUCGCGACGAUCAAUUAAUUGAGGGUGAUAGCCUUUUUGUUCUUACGGUUCUUGUUCGGACGGUUCAACUUUGUUCUUUUUCUUAAGGAACGAGGACUUUUUAACUCUGCUAGAAUCAGUUCUGGAAUCGAAACAUAUCACUUCACGUUAGAAUUCAGUUGAACCUAAAAUAUUGACAGUCACUUACAAAAGUAACAGUUGAGUAGUCAUUUUUAUUCGGAAGGAUUUUUGAAAAUAGAAUUUUCAGAAUCAAUUUAGAAAAUUUAAAAUCUCGAGAAGAGAAACCGAUUUCUUUCUGUACGAAAAUAUUGAAAUCCUUUAUGUUUUAUUCAAUGCUAUAAUUAUGAAUAAUAUAUCAAAACUCCACUACCUCCAUGCGAAAUUAAAGCGGUUGCUGCUCAUUGUGUUUAUGGGAUUACAUAACGAAAGAAACGAGUCCGAGCUGAAGACUGAUAGACUAAUAGAUUCGCAAAGCAAUUUCCGGUUAUUUAUCAGCUGUGCAUUGAGGCCAGAUGAGAUAGAGGCGUAAAGGUUUCAGUUAGGUUAAUGAACUGUAGAAAAUUGGCUGGGAAAACCUCGUGUUCCUCGGCAAAUAUUUUCACUAAUUAUAAUAAAUUGUUAUAUACACACACACAACACGGUCGUGGACACUUUUUCGAAAUUGGACCAAACGAACUCAAGUUUAUUAAUCUCUGUUCCCUCACGCCUAAAUAACUUUUUAUUCUGCAUUUCAUAGACUUUAAAAAAUUUAAGAUGAUCUUCAUAUUUUUAUAAAAAAGAAAAAUAGCAAAAAAUGUAUUGUUGCCGUGUAUGUCACUCUUCACACCAAACAACUUUCGUUCGAAACAUUGUUUUAUACAGCAUGUAGAUUGCAAGAAAAAUCAAGAUGGAAAAGUUAAAUUACCCACCCUGUAUACAGUGGUGUGCAUAAUUACUAGACUGUAGAUUUGUACGUAAAAUAAAAAUUGUCUAACUGAAUUGUGACAAACAGAAGUUCAAUAAAAGUGUAUUUCAACUCUG